AUGCGCGGCAUCUUCAUCACAGUUCUCGCCCUCGUCGCGGCCUCCGCCGCCCAGUUCACCGGCCCUUGCACAGAUAGCAACUGCGGUGUCUCUGGCGAAAACUGCGAAGCCGAGGGCCGCCAGUGCUUCCCCUUUCCCAAUGUCAACCCCGCGCUCCGCGAGGGCUGCGUUCUCCGGCCGCCAUAA